AUGAAUCAGUCAGUUUUAGGACAAGUAAGGAAACCUCACCAUACAAUCACUGACCAAGAGAUAAUCGAGACCUUAGAAAGACUUAAAAAAGCAGGUGGAGGCGAAAGUGGACCAACUAUUGAAGAAGUGCUAAAUGAGGCUGAACUAAAAAGCCAAAUCAUUGAACGAGAAAACUUAAUUAAAAAGUUGAAUACCAGACCUCCUAAUCAAAUGUUAUCUCCCACUGACCAAACUAAACUUAACCAAGCCCAAGCGGAAUUGCUACUACUUAAAAAGCGGCAAAAUGUGGCCACUACCCAUUCCUUCCAUCCCGCAGAUAUUGAUUACCCCUCCCAAUUAAGAAUGCUUAAUGAAAAACAUGACCAACUAAAUGAUAAACUCAACUGA